GAACUUGCCUUGAGGAAACCUUGAGGCUCAUUAGAAAGCACAUUUAAUCUCAUAUAAACCUCCUACCUCCUCAUUAGCAGCCCUAGGAAGAGUGCCAGCUCACUUGGUAAUUUCGCAGACAGAACAUUCUGUUGCUGCAUCACGGCUUGCUAAUAAUAGGGGCUUCAUUGGGUUCUUCCUCCAACCUCAAUGACCAUCGACAUUUCAAACAACAACUCAUACUCUGGACUGUUCAAGGUCAUCGAAGAACAACACCCAGACCCAGCAGAUAUCCUGGAUGAUUUGGAAGAAAGUCACGAUCAAGUUGAGGUUGACUUGUCAGGGCUUAGUGAUGCAGUCCGUGAGGUUUCGAAAGGUGUUUCUGAAAAGACGUCCCAAGAAUAUCUCCGAUUAAUGAAGCAAUGCAACUUAUUCCUCGUUGAACAACAAAUGAUAACGGAGGGAACUCAUUUUUUCUGUGAUAGCCCUCAUUCUCAAGCAGCAGUAUAUAUAGUGGCAUGGAUCAUGCACUCGUGUGAUGAAAUAAACCUCAACGGCAGUCCCAUUGCACCAAACGUGGAACGCUCCACUUAUGCACAUGCUCAGAAGAUGAGAGCAGCUGCAACCUUUGGAUUCGGGCGAAUCCAUGGUUUAGGUAUGCAAGCUUGGCACCAAAGUGAAAUUUCUGGGAAGAUGCUUGGAAACCCCUCUGUUUCCGAAACUGUUUCAAGCUACAUGCUCAGUCUCCGGCGUAGAAAAACACGUGCAGGAGAAACUGCAACUAGUGCGCGAGCAGUCACGUCUCAAUUGCUUGAACGCCUGUAUCACUUCAAUCGGCGACAAUCCUCUGCUUUCUUUUUCUCAUCUCAAAAAGCCCCUAAAGGACGUCUUGGAGCCCAUGCUCGUUUUCUGUUGAAUCUGGGCUACAACCUAGCCUUUUGUGGCUUACUUCGUGUUGACGAAUUGCUCAAGAUCCAAAUGCAAGACAUUUCAGUCUCUCCAGAUCCUCAAACUGGACAAACAAAACUGACGCUUCGUCUUCCAUUCCGAAAAACCAGUCAGUUUGGAGGCAAGUCCAUACGCUAUUGGAUCUUCUCGGUCUCACUGAAUAAUCCCUUAGAUAUUAAGCCAUUUGUCUGGUAUGAAAUGCCAGAAGAAUACCAGCAUAUAUGUGUUGUUCGUGCAUUUUCAAGAUGGGUGCUUCUCUCCGGUUUGACAGAAGGCUAUCUGUUUCGUAAAAUCCGUGCUGGUGACCGUCUCGCUGAGGAAAAUGAACCAAUGACGUCUGAACAAUUUCUUGAGUUGUUUCGAAACAAUCUCCUUGAUAUUGGCGUGGAUUUUGUCCCUUAUGGAACUCACUCAUUUCGACGCGGCGGAUGCCAGUGGUUAUCAGUGGAACGUCGCUGGCCUCUACGUCAAAUCUGUGAAUGGGGGGGAUGGAGUCAGGAAUUUACGCACCUGACAAUUGUGAAAUAUCUCAUAUCCUGGAACGAUAACCCUCACGUUGACCGCGAUGACUUUUUUAAUAUGCAUCGGGCACCCACUACUGUCUGUCCUACUUGUAACCGCUCCUGUCAUUGUGCUUAACUACGGUUUGUAGUUCAAACCUUUCUUUCAUUAAGAAUGUAUACAAAAAACAAAC